AUUUGACUAUCUUUUCCCUUAUAUACUAUCUGAUUUCCUUCUCAAUCCAUAGAAUCAAUGAAUAAUAGAAUUGUCUCUCUCUCCUCUCUCCUGAUAGGAUAUAGGACUGGACAAAGGCAAGGGAAAGAAUAAGAAGACGAGAAGGUUAGUUGCCGGAGUGGGCAAUAGGUCCUAAAGUGGAUUAUGGACAUACCAGUCUAGCUAUUAUCUAGUAAUAAGGACAGAAAUACAAGAAAAUCCGUUAAUGAACUACCCAGAGGUUUGUGUUAAUUAGUUCAGGACAGAGGCGGAGGACAACGUCUACAACCCUUACGUGGACAAUAGGCACCAACAAAUAAGGAAUCUAAUAUUUCCCUGGACACUGACUUACAUAAAUGAGCGUUCCUAAGAAUCUAUUUUUCAUACUAUGUUAUUUGCCUCUCAACUUUAAUGAAAUCCAAGUAGUCAACUAUUCCAUAAUUGAGUAUUAAGGUAAACACACUCCUUUAGUAUUGAUAUUAUUCUUGUAACCAAAGUCUGAGUUACAUAUUCUAUUUCUUUCGUUUUGUGAAAUCUUUCUAUCCUCCAUUCUAUUGAUUGAUAGGAAAUGCAAUGAUCUAUUUAGUGCUCCAAUCUUCAUUCCAAUAAUCUAGCAGUAAGGAGUGAGUUCUUAUAUACUUUCUUUGGUUGGAAAACCCAACGCCAAGUCUCUAGUUGUCUCCUUUCUCUUUUCGGGGGAGCAGAGCAGUCAAAGAAUGGAAAAGGAAAUGAUUCUUCAUUCAUUAUCAUGGCGAUUCCUCACAAUUGCUCCUUGUGAUGCUGCGGAACCCUGGCAAUUAGGAUCUCAAAAUGCAGCAACACCUAUUAUGCAAGGAAUCAUUUACUUACAUCAUGAUAUCUUUUUCUUCCUUAUUCUGAUUUUGGUUUUCGUAUCACGGAUCUUGGUUCGCGCCUUAUGGCAUUUCCACGAGCAAACUAAUCCUGUUCCGCAAAGGAUUGUUCAUGGAACUACUAUUGAGAUUAUUCGGACCAUAUUUCCAAGUAUCAUACCGAUGUUCAUUGCUAUACCAUCGUUUGCUCUAUUAUACUCAAUGGACGAGGUAGUUGUAGAUCCAGCCAUUACUAUUAAAGCUAUUGGACAUCAAUGGUAUUGGACUUAUGAGUAUUCGGACUAUAACAGUGGAGAUGAAGAGUCACUCACUUUUGACAGUUAUAUGAUUCCAGAAGAUGAUCUAGAAUUGGGUCAAUCACGUUUAUUAGAAGUUGACAAUAGAGUGGUUGUACCAGCCAAAACAAAUCUACGUAUGAUUGUAACACCUGCUGAUGUACCUCAUAGUUGGGCUGUACCUUCUUCAGGUGUCAAAUGUGAUGCUGUACCAGGUCGUUCAAAUAAUACCUCUAUUUUUAUACAACGAGAAGGAGUUUACUAUGGUCAGUGCAGUGAGAUUCGUGGAACUAAUCAUGCCUUUACGCGUGCGCCCGGAUACAUAGGCCGACAGCUGAGCCCACUCUGGCUUAGCCGCACCACCCGUGGUAGGGGUGCGAGCCACCCGAUAAGCAAGCUAUUACAGCGAGCCGCUUGAGCAGUAGGGAGCCGAGGAGCAAGGCAGUAGAUAAGAUCUAAUAUUGGGCCAGGCUCCCGGUAGAGCAGGGGAAACGGUUAGGAUAACCAACUUGAAACGCGGAGCCCGAGCGGCCGGCGAGCGAGUGGUUAGUGGCAAAUAGCGCCCUAGUUGAUGGCAUUCCUCUCUGCGGCUGGCACUAGAGGAACCACGGGACACUCCAUACAAAGGCAAACUCGUCUUAGGGAUGAGACGCCCGCGCAAGGACCUCAAUUCUCAUUAGGAGGUCGAACCAAGGAACUAUAGAAGUCGGGGAUACCCCGUCCCAUGGCAACGCAACAGUGUCCUGAGGAAGGAGUUUAGAGGCCUUAUAGUAGCACAGACCUUUAAUUCCAGGUCAUGCGAAGGGGGCCAGUCCAAGAUCUACAACUCUUCUUAUUAAAUGAAAAGACAAGAGACGCUCUCAACGGUUAGGCGCCACUCUAAGUUAUUCUCAAGCUUCCGAGAGGCGAAGGGAUUUCACCUAUGAUCUGAUUAGUAGGCAACCAACGUGUACUUUUCGUGUUGUUGACGUUGACUUUCAAGCUCAUUUGGAAGGAUUCUCGGAGCUACUCCCAGCUCAAACUAUGGUCGCAGAGGUCUCUUAGUUCAGAUCUAGGAGUGUGAGCAGUACGAGCGGAAAGGCUCUCAUACUGUUUUGAGGGAAGGGGGCUACGAUGCCAAACCUUACCCCUAUCCAUCGUCGUAGAAGCAGUUUCUUUGAAAGAUUAUGGUUCUCGGGUAUUCAAUCAAUUAAUCCUCCAAACCAACUAACCCGUGGAAGCGGAAGCAAUAGUAGGGUGAGGGAAGUGGGAAGCUCAAGGAAGGCUUCGCUCGCUCAAUUCGCUCGGUGGAGUGCAUAAGCCCUAUUUCUUUUAUUGAAGUAGUAGAGGCCUAACUACACGAGCUCGUAAGUCAGGAACGAGUCUUGUAUACGAACAGCUUCCCCUAGUCUUCUGUGCUUCUGGCGAAGCUUAACGCACUAUUCUAAUAUAGGCAUUAGAGGCUAACUCCUUUUAAGGCCGACCACUACAUAGGAGCGAUAGCGAAGCCAAGCCGUAUAAAGGCGAGCAGCCCUUAUAGCAAUAGCAAACGGCCUACUUAUAGCCCUAUUUCGUUUUAGC